AUGUCUUCCUCAGAUCCAUGUUCCUCGGAUACAGAGGAAGACGACAAUCUGUUGCAGAGGAGAUAUAACAGCUUGCAUGCCGAUUACGAAAAGUUGGAGGCGAGGGUGAUUGCACUCGCACAGCGAGAAUACCAAAUCACAGAUGACAAGAUCGCCAAAGCAUUCCAGAAGAUUCGCGAUGGCCUCGAUAUUUGGAUCGAUGGGCUCCAAGAGGACGACAGAAAAGACUUCAGAGCAAAUUAUCACGCCAACCUGCAAGCACGCGACAGAGUUGACAUUUUUGACAAGUUAGGAUUCACUGCUGGAUGUCUGGAACUUUUCUGGGAAGAGAAACUAGGAGAACAAGAAACUUGCAUCUAUGUCAUCUUGGGAAUGGUCAUAGCCAACUUCUUAAAGAAUAUCGAUACUGAGUGGCUUUAUCCUCUCGGUGUCAGUAAUUCUCAAGAAAGGUUCCUUGAUAUAUUGAUGAGCUCCGCCCCUGCAACAAAAAGUCAAGCAACGCUCUACAGGUGGAGAGGAGAAACGCUUUCGAUGAUAGCUGGCGCUCCGGAAUUUGCGAGACGAUACAAGGAGGAUUCGGAGCUUGUUUUCCAAGAGCUGAGAAACGACAUGAGAGUAUGGUUAAGCCCCAAGCUUUUGGUUGGGCACGAGGAAAGCCUGCAUGAAAUGAUCUUGCAGCCUGUCGUAGACUUCCACAGGAUGAUCCAUUGCUCCGGCAAGAAAUUUGAGCUGCGCUGGCAAUCCGGGAGCCAGCUGUCUGAAAUAGACGGAGACAUCCUGGACAUUGUAACCUGGAGAAAGUCUCGGCAUGACCAUAUCAAAGGCGUCUUCUGCUGUCUAUUACCAGCUCUUAUUAUGAAAGCUGCUGUUGACCAAGCCAAUAUCACCUUCACAAAGGCAGUAUUUCUUGGAUAUAAGACCAGCAGUCUUGACCCAGCCAGGUCGGCAAGGAGCAGUCCAGUCAGGCAGGAAUCUGGACCGACGAGCCGUGCAGCACCAGUUCAACGCAACCCGGGGACUCAUCACGCACCACAAGCCCGAAGUUCGAGAUCUAAAGACCAGAAAUCAGAACCUUCACUCACAAAAGAGAACAGAUCCGAAUCCGGCCUCUUCCGUAAAUUCUGGAGAGGCACUCGCUCUGAAAGCCGAUCAGAAGGAGGCCCAACCAGAAGAGGGAGUCAUCCAAAUGCGCCGCCGUCACCAAGCACGCGUAGCGCAAGGCAGGACACCCAUCGACACGAACACACACGUACGCACAGCCAACACGCUGGGUCUGAUCAAGUUCCUCGACCCGAGACUGAGACUCCCACAGGUACCUCGAUACUGGCUCCGAUAGCAUUAGAUGUGGUGGCUGAGCCCUCUGAAAUCAUUCGUGAUCCAGAGCAAGAUGCCAAUCUCGCACACGCCAGUGGACCAGAACCUGGAUGGGUAGCGUCGAGUACAAGCUCUGCGAGUGCAAGGUAUAUAAAUCACAUGCCAGUUGAAGAAGCAGCGAGACUUGCAGGACUGGCGCCUCCGAUAGAUUCUGAUCAUGGGGAUAAAAGUCACGCCAACCAUUAG